GAAUGGCAGCAGCGGCGGCCCCGAGAGACAGUGGCCCCGGUAUGGACGCCCGGCUGGACCAGGAAACGGCCCGGUGGCUGCGCUGGGACCAGAAUCCUUUAACAUUGGAGUCAGUGAAACAACUAAUUGCAGAAGGUAAUAAAGAGGAACUACAAAAAUGUUUUGGGUCCCGAAUGGAGUUUGGGACAGCUGGCCUUCGAGCUCCUAUGGGAGCAGGGAUUUCUCAGAUGAAUGACUUGACCAUCAUCCAGACUACACAGGGGUUUUGCAGAUACCUGGAAGAACAGUUCAGUGACCUGAAGCAGAGGGGAGUGGCGAUCAGCUUCGAUGCGCGUGCGCACGCCCCCAGCGGGGGCAGCAGCAGAAGGUUUGCCCGACUUGCUGCCACCACAUUCAUCAGCCAGGGGAUUCCUGUGCACCUCUUUGCUGCUAUAACCCCAACCCCUUUUGUGCCCUACACAGUGUCACACUUGAAACUUUGUGCUGGGAUCAUGGUCACUGCCUCCCACAAUCCAAAGCAGGACAAUGGCUAUAAGGUCUAUUGGGAAAAUGGAGCCCAGAUCAUCUCUCCGCACGACAAAGGGAUUUCUCAAGCCAUUGAAGAAAAUCUAGAACCCUGGCCUCAGGCUUGGGACGAUUCUUUAAUUGACAACAGUCCCCUUCUUCACAACCCCAGUGUGUCCAUCAAUAAUGACUACUUUGAAGACCUUAAAAAAUACUGUUUUCACAGGAAUGUGAACAAGGAGACCAAAGUAAAGUUUGUGCACACUUCGGUCCAUGGUGUGGGUCAUGACUUCGUGCAGUCGGCUUUCAAGGCUUUUGACCUCAGUCCUCCAGAGGCCGUUCCCCAGCAGAAAGAUCCCGAUUCUGAGUUCCCAACUGUCAAAUACCCGAAUCCCGAAGAGGGUAAAGGUGUCUUGACUUUAUCUUUUGCUUUGGCUGACAAAACCAAGGCCAAAAUUGUCUUAGCAAAUGACCCAGAUGCGGAUAGACUUGCUGUGGCAGAAAAGCAAGACAGUGGGGAAUGGAAAGUGUUUUCAGGCAAUGAACUGGGGGCUCUCCUGGGCUGGUGGCUCUUUACUUCCUGGAAAGAAAAGAACCAAGAUCGCAGUACCCUCAAAGAAGCAUACAUGUUGUCCAGCACUGUCUCCUCCAAAAUCUUGCGUGCUAUUGCCUUAAAGGAGGGCUUUCAUUUUGAGGAAACAUUAACUGGCUUUAAGUGGAUGGGAAACAGAGCGAAACAGCUAAUAGACCAGGGGAAGACUGUCUUAUUUGCAUUUGAAGAAGCUAUUGGCUACAUGUGCUGCCCUUUUGUUCUGGACAAAGAUGGAGUCAGUGCCGCUGUCAUAACUGCAGAGUUGGCUUGCUUUCUAGCAACCAAGAAUUUGUCUUUGUCUCAGCAGCUAAAGGCCAUCUAUGUGGAGUACGGCUACCAUAUUACCAAAGCUUCAUAUUUUAUCUGCCAUGAUCAAGGCACCAUUCAAAAUUUAUUUGGAAACCUGCGAAACUAUGAUGGGAAGAAUAAUUACCCAAAAGCUUGUGGCAAAUUUGAAAUCUCCGCCAUUAGGGACCUUACAACAGGCUAUGAUGAUAGUCAAGCUGAUAAAAAAGCUGUUCUUCCUACCAGUAAGAGCAGCCAAAUGAUCACCUUCACCUUUGCUAAUGGAGGUGUGGCCACCAUGCGGACCAGCGGCACAGAGCCCAAAAUCAAGUACUAUGCAGAGCUGUGUGCCCCUCCUGGUAACAGUGAUCCUGAGCAGCUGAAGAAGGAAUUGAAUGAACUUGUCGAGGCUAUAGAAGAAAACUUUUUCCAGCCCCAGAAGUAUAAUCUGCAGCCCAAGGCAGAGUGACGUAUUCAAGCCUCCGACAGAGCUGCAUUUACUUCCAAUUAAGCUGAACUUGAUUUUAAGUAAUAUUUUUGACUGCCAAUGACUCCAGUUAUAGCUAUAAGUAUUUACAUAUUUUAAAAAUAUCUCUAGCCUUCAUUGUUUUAUGUUUAAUCUUUGAG